UCCGUGAGCUCCCUCCCCGUCUCCAGUCUCCACCCCUCCACCCCCUCCCCGAAGGGUGCCGCGAGCUGCUGACCUCGCCGCGCCGCCGGCGACGCUUCCGUCCCCUCCGCCGCCGCCGCAGCUCCUCCGCGCGGAUUCAGUUGCCCAGCGACCGGCCCACGGCCGUGGAGGAGCGGCGCUGAUUGAGGCCGCGAGAUUCGGGGUUCUGCCAGGGGCGGGGGAGCUCUCCGGGGCGAUUCGGGGGAGGCCUCGUCGGAUUCCGGCGGGGAUUCAGCGGCGGAGGCGGCCUCGUUGGACUCCGGCGCUUGGGAACCCCUCCUAGGAAUGGCCGCUGGCGGCGACGGCGGCGCCAAGUACAACUCGUACAAGGCGCCGGGGCUGCGGGGCGCGAUACUGGAGGCGGCGCACGCCUCGUGCCUCGGGGACCGGUACGCGCUCGGGGAGCAGCUCGGGUGGGGCCAGUUCGGGGUCAUCCGGUCCUGCUCCGACAUGGUCACCGGCGAGGCGCUGGCCUGCAAGUCCAUCGCCAAGGACCGGCUCACCUCCCCCGACGACGUGCGGGGCGUCCGGCUCGAGAUCGAGGUCAUGGCGCGCCUCUCGGGCCACCCCAACGUCGUCGACCUCAAGGCGGUGUACGAGGACCAGGACUCGGUGCACCUCGUCAUGGAGCUCUGCGCCGGCGGGGAGCUCUUCCACCGCCUCCAGGAGCGCGGCUGCUUCCCGGAGCACGAGGCCGCCACGCUCUUCAGGUACCUCAUGGAGGUCGUCGCGCACUGCCACAGCAAGGGGAUCGUGCACCGGGACCUCAAGCCCGAGAACAUCCUCCUCGUCAGCAAGUCGCCGUCCUCGCCCAUCAAGCUCGCCGACUUUGGCCUCGCCACCUACACCCAGCCUGGUCAAAGAUUGAGCGGCACGGUGGGGAGCCCGUUUUACAUUGCGCCGGAGGUGCUUGCCGGCGGGUACAACGAGGCUGCCGAUGUGUGGAGCGCCGGGGUUAUACUCUACAUCCUUUUGAGUGGCAUCCCACCAUUCUGGGGGAAGACCAAGUCGAAGAUCUUCGAGUGUAUCAGGUCGACAGAGCUGCGGUUCCCUUCCGACCCCUGGGACAGGGUUUCGGAUUCGGCCAAGGAGCUCAUCACCGGCAUGCUGCGGCGCGAUCCCGCACAGAGGCUCACAGCUGAGCAAGUUCUAGAGCAUUCCUGGAUACGAGAACACGCCAACGAUUCGCGCGAUUCCUGCGGUGGUUGCCUUGAGAUCGGCCUUGGGAGGGAGGAGCCUGGCUCGUGCUCGUUCUCCACGCCGAUGGCGACACGCAGCCGCGACGUGAGCUUCAGCACCGGCGGCCCGAUCGCCUGCCAGGGCCUGUCGGAAGAACCCUGCUCUCCAACAUUCUCCUGUAGAUCCUCCUCUGCGUUCAGCGCAGCCAGGGCUCCAGCUCCAUCUUGCGGAGCCUUGUUAUUCUCAUUCGGUGACAGCCCCGAACCCAUGAAGGAUGCUGCGCCUGUGGUGUCGAUGCCGAGCUUCUCGUUCUUCUGUGGGCUAGGGUCCGACGAGCCUGAGCCAUUGGUGGCAUCAGGCGACAUCACCACGGAGAAGGGAGCUCAUUGUGUCGAAGACGCCGCGGUGGUGUGCCUCAACACCUCCUCCUCGGCUCUGAGGAGGAUGGCGGAGGCGGCCCUGAGAGGGGCGGCUGUGACGAGGGUGAACCCGUCGUCACGCAGCAGGCGGAACCACACCAUCGGCGCCGGCGACGAGCGGGGGCACCAGCACGACCUGGACAUGGCGGUGGCCGAGUCGGUGAUCCGGUACUUGGAUGUGCUCCCGAGCACCUUCGGGAGCUCCGUCUGGUUCAGCGACGAGGAGCUCGCGGAGGUGGAAGGCACAACGCUGCACCGCGCCACGGUCAUGCAGAGAGAAUCGUUACAAAAGUUAUUCGAUGAUAAGGUGAAAGGUCUGGUCGAGGAGCUUCUACAUGUCGAUGAAUCGGGAAGCUCAAUUGAAGUGCGGUUUGAGGACUUCCUUUGGGCAAACUCGAUUUUCUGGACUCGAGCGCUGAACAUCCCACUGCCUCAUUCUUACGUUUUUCCGGGCUUGCUUGAUGAACAACAGAACAGAACUGGGGAAGUUUUGGGUGCUUCUAGUCUCACCAAUCAACAGGAAACUGACAUUACAACGAAGAAUUGUAGUGGUGAAGAGAUUCCUGAAUCUUGUAAUACAGAGUCAAUUUGGGUUGAGGGACUCGUGCCAGGAAUCGAUUUCUGUAACCAUAAUGUAAAGGCUCUGGCGACAUGGGAAGUUGAUUCGGUGGGAAAUUUAACAGGAAUUCCUGCUUCAAUGUACCUCAUGCUUGUGCAAGCUGGUAAAAGCUCUGUUGAGACUGGGACAGAGAUCUACAUAAAUUAUGGCAACAAAGGAAAUGAGGAAUUGCUGUACCUAUAUGGAUUUGUGGUUGACAAUAAUCCAGAUGAUUAUCUCAUGGUUCAUUAUCCAGUAGAAGCUCUUAGACAGCUUCAGUCUGCUGACGUUAAGAUGAAACUAAUUGAGAUGCAGAAGGCUGAAUUGAGAUGUCUUCUACCUACAAGUUUGCUUGAUAGGGGAUUUUUCGGAACCAGCACCAGUUCUAGUGAAGAUGAUAACAAGAAAAAUGCUAGUCAUUUUUCUAGUUACAGUUGGAGUGGUCAACGCAAAGUUCCAUCAUAUCUCCACAAAAAUGUUUUCCCUCAAGAAUUUUUAAGUACUCUUCGCACAAUUGCCAUGCAAGAACAUGAGCUUGAACAGGUUGCUUCCCUGCUUGGAGAGGUUGGAUCUAGUGAGGAUGGAGAACCAUCUGAUGCAGAGAUCAAAAGCGCUAUAUGGGAGGUGUGCGGUGAUCAUGGAGCGCUGGGAUUGCUUGUGGAUCUUCUUAGGGUGAAAAUGGCUGAACUUGAAGAAGGAACUGGAACAGAAGCAUCUGACAGUCAACUGCUGGAGAAAUUUGAUUCCAACGAUCCAGAUGACUCCUUGAGUGCAACCGUCGAAGGCGUCGAAGCGACGAAAUCGAGAGUGAACAGAAGGUCGUGCAUAGUGUACCGUAGAGGGCAGAAGCAGCUGACGAGGAUGUUCCUCAGGGAGGCAGAACGUCUUCUGGAGCUGUCCGCGGAGGAGCAGACAUAGAGACUUUGCUUACCUGGUACAACAUGUGUUGGGAGCGACACAUCUCUAACUAGACUUGUGUUGUUCCGCUUUGGAGAAAUAUAUUUGCUACACCCAAACUUUGGACAAAUAUUGUUAUCCUUGUAUUGGGUUUUUUCAGACUUAAAAAUAGGAUCACACUCACACAAGGAAAGUGUACACUAAAUACAAUCCGUAUGCCAAUAUGUACCUAGAACGCGACGGCUGCCCAUCAAGCUCACUUUAUUUAGUCUGA